CUUUACAACUUUCCCACGCCUGUUGUUUGGGCGCCUCGUCGUGGCUCCUGCCUCCCACACUUUCUCACCCUUUUGGUGCCCUCCCGCUUUCGCCGAAUUCGGACCAAACUCCUCCUUCUGCUUCUAGUCUGGUUCUGUUGGCCCUGGUGGUAUGGUGAUAGUGGGCUCGGUGUGGGGUGCCCUUAGGAGGGGUCUCGCGAUUGUUCGGGGAGGGAGGGGGGCGUUUUGGGGAAAAUGGCGCCCGUUGUUACCGGGAAGUUUGGUGAUGUGUGUCAACCUCAACGGUUAACGAGGGAGGCUAUGAGACAGUACUUAAAGGAAAAGGACGAUCAAACAGUCCUGAUUCUGCAUGCGAAAGUGGCACAAAAGUCGUACGGAAAUGAGAAAAGGUUUUUCUGCCCUCCACCGUGCGUCUAUUUGCUGGGCAGCGGCUGGAAGAAGAAGCUUGAGAAGAUGCAGAAGGAGGGCUGCACAGAGCAGGAGGCUCAGCCCUGCGCCUUCAUCGGCAUUGGUAACAGUGAAGUGGAGAUGCAACAGCUCAACUUGGAGGGGAAGAACUUUUGCGCUGCUAAGACCUUGUACAUCAGUGACUCAGACAAAAGGAAACACUUCAUGCUGUCAGUGAAGAUGCUAUAUGCCAAUAGCGCGACUAUUGGAGUCUUCCUCAGCAAGAGAAUCAAAGUCAUCUCCAAGCCUUCAAAGAAGAAGCAGUCAUUGAAAAAUGCAGACUUGUGUAUUGCGUCGGGAACAAAGGUAGCUUUAUUUAACCGUCUGCGAUCGCAAACAGUCAGCACCAGAUAUCUUCAUGUGGAGGGUGGAAACUUUCACGCUAGUUCCUUGCAGUGGGGGGCUUUCUACAUCCACCUCUUGGACGAUGACGAAUCUGAAGGAGAGGAGUUUGCCGUGAGAGACGGUUACAUUCAUUAUGGCCAGACGGUCAAACUGGUGUGCUCUGUUACUGGCAUGGCACUGCCCAGAUUGGUCAUACGCAAAGUGGAUAAGCAAGCAGCAUUGUGGGACGCAGACGACCCGGUGUCACAGCUCCACAAGUGCGCUUUCUACCUGAAAGACACAGAACGGAUGUACCUCUGUCUCUCACAGGAUAGAAUCAUUCAAUAUCAGGCUGCACCAGCCAUCAAGGAAGCAAACAAGGAGAUCAUUAAUGAUGGCGCCUGCUGGACCAUCAUCAGCACAGACAAGGCUGAGUAUACAUUCUAUGAGGGCAUGGGCCCCGUGACCACUCCAGUCACUCCUGUGCCUGUGGUGGAGAGCCUGCAGUUAAAUGGUGGAGGAGAUGUGGCCAUGUUAGAGUUGACUGGGCACAACUUUACCCCCAAAUUAAGGGUGUGGUUUGCAGAUGUGGAGGCGGAUACCAUGUACAGAUGCGGCGAGAGCAUCCUGUGUGUGGUGCCAGACAUUUCGGCUUUCAGAGAAGGCUGGCGCUGGGUGAGGCAGCCAGUGCAAGUCCCGGUCACGCUGGUCCGCAACGACGGAAUCAUCUACGCCACCUCUCUCACCUUCACCUACACAUCGGAACCAGGGCCGCGACCUCACUGCAGUGUUGCCGAGGCCAUAUUGAGGACGCACACCUCCUCUUCAUCAGCAGCAUCCCAGACCUCUUCAUCUUCACCUUCCUCUUCACUGAGCGCACUCGCAAAUGGCCAGGUGGCUUACAGUAGUCGUGACUCAGGCAUGUCGUCGGUGUCAUCAGCCGUUUCCAUGUUGUCAUCGUGAUCCUCAUGUCGAGCGUGUUAUUUUUGAAACACGCACAAUGACUUUCUGCGGAGGACCUGAAAGAACACUUGAUUGAAGAGCAAGUGUUUGGCGGUUUGUGGAAAAAUGACUGGUUAUCGCCAUCUAGUGGAGUGUUUGGGACUUACAUACACCACUGAGGCAGUUGGAACUCAAGACAGGGGCAUGUGCCUUUCAGUUCAUUUAAAAACUGCAAAGGCUAAAAUCACAUUGUACAAAAGUGGUGAUUUGUUGUGCGCAAGGAACUGUUGCUGCACCAGUUUUUGUAUAGAGAAGUACAAAAGAUUGGACUAUUGUUUGUAUUCCUGUUAUGUUUUACAAGCUUUUGCUAAGGUACAGUUUACAUACCAUUCACAUAGAAAUUUAGAAUCUAUAGUUAAAUGUUAUUUUGAUUGCAUUAUUUAGCAACAUGAGCAGGACAUUAUAUUAGAACCACCUCUCGUUACGAUGCAGUCACUGCACAUUAUAAACAAGAAUAAACAUAUCGUUACGUUGAAA